AGGCUGCUCUCCCCAAGGGCUGGGGCUUCUGGAUGGAAGUCUGUCCUGGGUGUGUGGCACACUGUUCCUUUUCUCCCCCCCAAGUCCCUGUCCUUCUACCCAUGAACCAUGUCCCAGGGGAAAAAAAAACCACCUUUCCCUUUCUCUCCCCAAUGCUGUUCCUCUGCCUGCUGCCUCUAGUGUAGGAGGGACAAGGGGUAGAAGCACUUGCCCCUGUCACCACCACACAUCCAUUCCAUAUCCCCACCUGCCAUGGAAGAGAUGGCAAGCCACAGAGAACAGAGGCAGCGUGCCAUGCACCAGGUGCCCCAAAUGCCCUUACAUUGCUGCUACUCUUGGAGAGCUCCCCUUACCCAAGUCUCUGUUCCUCUUCCCAACCUUCUCCCACUUCUGGAAUCCCUGAAGGAAGGAGGGAUAGGCCUGAUGGACUGAGGACAGUCCUCAGCUGGCAAGGCUGGGAUCCUCUGCACCCCAGGGGGCUCUGGGGAAGGCUAGCUGCCAGGAGCCUUUGGGGUGCAGAUCCCUACAGUCCUGGGAUGAGGAGCAGUGGCAGAAGAGGGAAGGACAUUAGGAAACACUAAAGCUGCCCCUGAAUUGCCAGUUGUCCGAGGGGGCCCUGAAAGAAAAGGAAGGAGGUAUGGAUGGAAGUGUCUCGUCUUGAGUGCUAUCCACUCUCCAUGGGAGCAGCCCUGCCAUGGCCCAUUGCAGGCUAGGCUUUCUGCUGCUACUGACCGUCCACCCUGGAUCCUCGAAGGCUCAGCACUGGUCCCAUGGCUGGUACCCUGGAGGAAAACAAGCUUCCAGCUCAGCCCAGCACCCCCAGCAUGCCCCAAGGCUCCUAGGAAGGGCCCUGGGCACCGCAGCAAGCAGCCCAGACCAGACUACCCUUGACUUCCCAAGCGAUCCCCUGGCUCCCCCCAAGAACAGGUGGGAGGGCAGAACCACAGGCUGGUGGCCUCCGCUGGAAGCAGCACCUGGUGCAGAUACUGCUGGUAAGUACAGGGAGAGGCCCGGCCUUGGCCAGGAGGGGCCAUUGGGGCUAAGGACUUGGCAGCUGUGGGGACAGAAGAGAGGGGUAAUGAGACAACAGAGACACCCCCUGCCAAGGCAGGCCCAGGCACAUACACGAUGCUAUCUGCUAUCCUUCCUAUUUCCCAGAAUUCUAGACAAUUUAUAAGAUACUUAGGUGAAAGUAAAAGAAGUCACUAGUGGAGUGGAGAUAAUUGUACUGAAAACCUCCAUAAAUAAGACUGACUGUAGUGGGGUCCUCCAGGCUUCUUUCUUGUCAAGAGAAGCCAGUGUGUCUGUAGGUGGGCAGGCCCUCAGUCUGUGGAAAGAGGUGAGGGGUACACCAAGAACCAGGUGGUCACUGACACGCACUAGGAAUGACAGUGAUUGCGGAAGAUUGGUGUGCAGAGAUGGAUUGUUGAUAUUUUGCAAAUUUAAAGUGCACCGGAGAGCGGUAACUGAAGAAGUUGUAAAUUCCUAUAAGGCAAAAACUUACCACCUAAUUAAGUCGGUGUGAGUUCAGGUUUUACAAACCAGGUGUGUUAAGGGUCGAGCACGCCCAGGGAGCUACAGAGCCCCCAGCUGGGUCUUCUAGCUGGCAGGGGGCGUCCGCCUGGCGACAGCAUCCUCCACAAAACCAGGUCAAGAGGGGUGGGGGUGGACAAGGUCGCAGCCGGGCGGUCAGGUGACAAGGGCGUCUGCUGGAAUGACCAACCCCUACCCCCCGCAGACCGGACGUAGAGCGCCGCGCCCUGUCGCCCUCCAAUAAAGAUGUGAAGUCCCUGACGCUGCUGCCUCGAGGUCUCUCCUCUGUCCCCUUCUUCGCCCACCCUCACUAAGACCCUACCCCGCGUGGGGGCUGGAGGGACAUAGG